AUGUCCGAGUCGCAGCGCUCCGCGUGGUCAUCCCGCGCCGACCUUCUCCUACGCCCUGUCGAGCGUCCGGUGGGGUACCUGAAGCGUGCCAGCAUCGCGGCCUGGUUUCCCAUCCGCGGCAUCUGGUACUUUUUGCGGAACAAGGAAUUCUACCCGCUAUUCCUUAGCCGCCUCCUACCACUAUCCAUCAUAUCAUUUCUCGUUUACUUCAUCCUCUUUACAUUUGCCUUCCUCCCACAGUUUGCACUUCUGGCCAUCUUCCACGGAUGGGGCGCCUGGGUCAAUGCGGUAGUCCUUGUGCUCGGAGAGGGUCUCGUGGUGAUCCAGGGUCUCUUUGAGGGAUUCUUCGUCGAUGAGUGUCGAGUAGAUGUCUUUGAUGCCACCCUGAUCAAAGAGUCGCAAACAGACCUCGUGGCUCCCCACCGGAUCCUCUUCCCCGAUGCUCCCACCGCGGUCAAGAUGCUCGGCAAGCCGACGACCCCUGCCGCCUUCACCCCAUGGUCUAUAAUCCAGAUCAUCGAGCUGAUAGUCUUCUUGCCCCUCAACUUUGUCCCGGUUGUUGGCACCCCUGCUUUCAUCAUCAUCACGGGUACGAGACUGGGCAAGCUGGCGCACUACAGAUGGUUUCACUUGCGAGGGUUGAGCAAGAAGGAAGCCAAGAACGAAAUUCGGGCGAGGACGUGGGAAUACGUAUGGUUUGGCACGGUCGCCAUGAUUUUGGAGCUGAUCCCUGUACUGUCUUUCUUCUUUUUGUUGACUACUUCGGCUGGGGCUGGACUCUGGGCGGCACGGAUUGAAGAUGAGAAGAAGAAGCGAGCCGUGGACGCUCUCAUCGGAGAGCCCCUGCCGCCCCCGCCCCCCUACGAGGAUGAUCCGGUCUAG